CUUAGCUAAUUCAAUGGCUAUGAUAUCGAAAUUUUAAUUUGGCGAGUCGCUUGACGUUCCCUAAGGGGUAUAGUAACGAGGAAAUAAAGCGACGCGGUUAGAGAUGAGCAGGCCUCAAGGUGGACGGAUCCAAGUCCCGGAUGACCUCAGAGAAAUCCUAUUGGAGUUCACCAUAAGUUACUUACUGGAACAACCGGGAGACGUUAUUAACUACGCGGUCGAGUUCUUCACGAGGUUACAAAACAACAGAACGACGACGAUAGUGCGGGGCCCGUCCGCAGGCACUCCCGAUGAAUCUAUAAUAUCUGACGAAGAAGAGCCGCCGGUGGCGCGCUUUAACAACCGGCGUAAGUCGGUGUUUGCGGAGACAUAUGACCCAGAAGAAGAUGACUCUGACGAGGGAGCACCGGCCGUGUUCCCCAAGUCGGACGCCCAACGCGCCCGCCUUGCUGAGGCCGUCCGCGGCAUUUUGCUAUUCCGUUCGCUCGAUGCACAACAAAUGCAGCAGGUAUUAGAUGCGAUGUUCGAGAAGCGCUCAGUGCCCGGCGAGUACGUAAUCAGACAGGGUGAUGAUGGUGACAACUUCUACGUCAUCGAGAACGGAGUCUUCGACGUGCUCGUCACUGGAGACGAUGGAGUUGAAAAGGUGGUGCACACGUACUCGGGCUCGGGCUCGUUCGGGGAGCUCGCGCUCAUGUACAACAUGCCGCGCGCGGCGUCCGUGCGAGCGCAGUCGCCGGGCGCGCUGUGGGCCAUGGACCGCCACACGUUCCGGCGCAUCCUGCUCAAGAGCGCCUUCAAGAAGCGCAAGCUGUACGAGGAGCUGCUGGACAAGGUGCCCAUGCUGAAGGCCUUGCAGUCGUACGAGCGCGCCAACCUAGCAGAUGCGCUACUUCCUCGCACGCUCAUCGACGGCGAGCUGAUCAUCCGGCAGGGAGACUCCGCGGACGGGAUGUACUUCGUGGAGGACGGCUCCGUGAGCAUCCGCAUCGCGCGCGACGACGGCAACGAGCAUGAGAUUAAGCGCCUCGGCAAAGGUGGAUACUUCGGUGAACUGGCUCUGGUCACCCACAAGCCUCGCGCUGCUUCCGCAUAUGCUGUCGGUCCCACCAAAGUUGCUUUCCUCGACGUGGAAACAUUCGAGCGACUCUUGGGACCUUGCAUGGAGAUCAUGAAGAGAAACAUUGAUGACUAUGAAGAACAGUUGGUCAAACUCUUUGGAGACAAGAGCAACCUAACUGAUGUGCGAUGAACUACCAACCUCUGAGACCCCCCCUGCCGUAAAUAUUUGUCUACCCCUCCCUUUUAGUUUAGAGACCUUUUUACCUGGCUGGAAACUACAGAUUAUUACAUACCCAGUGUUUAGUUUUAUCCUCUAUAGAUGAAAACCAUUAACUAAAUUUACUUAUACAACUACUGACUUAUAUUGUUUUAAUUUUUGGAAAAUUGUCAAGUAUUAUUUUUAAUUUUUUACUACAGGGUAUUCUUAAUUUUUUUUUAAUAAUGGGUUUUUAAACCGAAAAGUGAAAUGUAAUGUUUUUAUUAUUUAUAAUGGCAAUAUUUACUUAACAAUGGUUUUCAGUCGAUUUCCUUGUGAGAUUAUGCUGUUGUUAUGUCAUAAUGUACUAAACUUAUUCGAUUAACUAACAGCCUGAUCUCACUUUACACGUGUUAAGAGUUAUAACUGUUUUGUUUUUCCUUUUAACUAAACUAUAAUGUUGUUUUUGUUUUUCCUAUGCCAAUGUGCCAUGUUAUUUUAUUAAUUUAUAAAGGUUACACUUUGAAGUGAGGGGGGGGAACUAAAUACCCAGCGUCGCUUAAUAUUGCACUGUAACAAUAAUACGCUUAUUUUAGAUAGAUAAAAUGCCUUAGUAGCUAUGUAAAUAAUGAUCCCACGGUUUGUCGUUGAUGACACUGAUUGAUCACUUGAAAUGUGUAAGAAAUUAUUUAAAAUAACCUUAUGGUCAAGUAGGAGAACUCACGUUUUCUUAAUCGGUAAUACGAUAGUUUUUGUCUUAGCGUGAGAAACUAUGGUCAUUACGUUUUUAUAAUUUUUGAAUGUAAUAUUAUAUAAUAUGUUGUCUUCAUUGGUCACUGCUACUAAGACUGUGAAGAGUUCUGUACAAAUAAGAAAAGGAGGCUAAAAAAACUUAUUGUAUUUUUAUUAAUUAUGUAUUGCUAAAGAGGCCACAGUAUUAAGUGUGUUUGCCUAUUACGGUUUACAUAACAUCAUAGUUUUAGCAGGAAAGUCCCAAAGAAUUGGUACCUCUUGUACGGAAUAGUAGAAAAUGUGUAUGAAAAUUUAAGAAAUCAUAUUUAUAUAUCUAUAAUAAUUAGUCAUUCAGCGGUCUAAUCAACGACAGCGCGGGUAUCGAGUUAUCGACUCAUGAUAGGGAUGUACUGGGAAGAUGGCAUUUAGUCUUUAAAUUAUAAAAAAGAUUUUCUAGUAAUGGGAUCACAGUGCAGUACUGAGCGACGCUCGAUUCUAUCUACUUUAGGAUAAUCUCUGCUACCGCCAUUUUAUAUUUUUAAAGGUCGUUACACUUGACACUGGCUUCAAAUCAAAAAAUAUUAUAAAACUUAGGUAAAGUUCAUUUUAUUGGUGAUUGGAUUAAAUCUUAUCGCUAUCUAAUUAAUUUAUUUAUUUGAUUAAUUUUAAAAAUGUUUCUAUAUUUAUGUAUAUUGAGAAUGUUAUACUACGAUCAGUUAGCGAAUGCCAAAUUAAUGUUUUAACAAAAAUUCAAUGGUAACAGACGAGUUGAGAUGUAUUUCAGAAAUUGUGUUGUCGUCGAUUUCAUCAUUAUUUUAUUUAAAUAUUAUAUUUUAUAUACAUUGUGUGUAUAUUUAUAAAUGAGAAGGAAUUUGAUUAUGUUGUCUAUUUUAAAUAUUACGUUUUUAAAUAUGUUUAUUUUAGAGGGUUAUCAUUUCUUCGCCCUAUUUUAAAGAUCUGAGAUUUGUUAGCGUCGCAACAUGUCUAUCAAGAACACCAUAUUUUAGAUCGCAAAAAUAAAAAAAUUCCAGUAUUUUACUACAAUAUUUCCUCAUUGGAGAUUCGUAAGGAGUAAUACAGUUAUAUUGGUUUGAACUAUUUGGUUCAAACUAAAUCUAUCAGUGUGUUGUGCGUUACCGAAUAUUAAUGCGCGCCUUAAUAUAACCCUCAGGUUUAGCGCCCCAGUAUUAUUUAAAUUAGAAAAAAAAAAAUUGUAUGUAUAUCGACAAACCUUCAUUUGUAAAUCCAGCCAAAGUAGGUGAGUACAUAAAAUCAUAUGUAGCACUAAAUAUUUAAGUCUAUGUUUACAUGUAGUAAUUAGUUUUUGUCACUUCUUAUUGUAAUUUAAAUAUUUGUAGAUUAGGAAAUUAAUGGAGUGUAGUCAGAUCCUGAGGGGUGUGGUGUGUUGUUAUUUUUUUUUUUUGACGUACAAAUCGUGUACAAAUAAUUUCAGAUGCCAUAGAAAGUUUUAAUUUGUUUUAUUUCAAUGAAAUAAUGUAUAUUUGUUAACUUUAUUGUUAUACCACAAUGACUUCCCAUCGGAAGUUUCGUCUAGUUUUUAUUAAACAUCUAUCAUAUCUAUUCAUUCGUCCAUAAUUCUCGAUGCUUUUUUGUAAAAUAACAGUUUGCGUUCCUCAUAUUUAGCUUAUAUAAACAUUCCCAAGUUGCUACUAUCAAAGUUUAUUGAAAAUGCUUUAUUUUUGUUAUUGAAUCAUAGUUUAUUUUUAAAAUUUACGUUGCAGUAGGUAAAUUCACUUCAAGUGCCUAUUAUAUGACAGCACAUCCAAUAAAUUAUUAUUAAAACUGUCCCAGACGACUUGUAUUGUUAAUCUAAUGUUUUGACUUACUCUCUGCCUUUUCUAUAUGGACUUGUGUGAUGUAUUGUGUGUGUGUCCACUAUGAAACUCCCACAGUCAAGAACAGAUAAACAAUGCAUUUUAAAUAUAGAGUAUAGCAAAAGUGCCAUAGGAACAUCCAUGCUUAGCUUAGUGGGAGGCUUUAUCCUAUCAAGUUAAAUGAGCAAUAAACAUAUAUACAUUUUUUGUUAUACUCUCUAUUAUAGGAACUAAACUUUGGCUUUGUGUAUACAAUGUGCAUCGUGUUUCACAUUUAUUAUCUCAGAAAUUAUAAUAUAAUUUAAUUUCUAGUAAAUAGAAAUUAAAUUAUAUUAUAAUUUAAAGUAUUGUAAAAUUCAUUGUAAUAGACACAAAUGUCCAAACAUGGUGAACAUUUUAAAUGACUAUUUAAUGAAUCAGCGGGUCUGAUUGUACAUUUUAGAACAGAUUUAUUUAUAUCAUUAAAUAUACAAGUUGUAUCUAUGUAAGCAAUGAAAUAUUUAACUUCCAUACAUCCGAUAAUGUUAUAUUAAUUAAUGUGUGGAAUGUGAUUGAAAGUUUUCUCAUCUAUGAUACAUUGGGUUGCCAUCCAUUAAGUAAUAGAAGACCCAAGCUCAAAAGACGAAUUUUGAAACUUGAAAAGACAUUCUUCCUAAAAGUUUAUGUAAACUUUGAAUUUCAUUUUUAUUUCAACUGAAUGUGCAAUAAAGCCAGCCAGAUAAGUUUAAUCGAGACAGAUGGCAACCUUAAAUAAUCUUAACGUUUAAUAGUUUCCUGUGUAACAUUAUGUUCAUUACCUGUGCAGGUGAGGAGCAUUUUGUGUCCACACUAAUGUCUGUCAUCUGUGUGUCCCCAGUGUACUGAACUUAGUAGUCGUUAAAUAGUAUUGUGCAAUAAUUAUUAUCAUCUAUGCCCUCUGUGUUGAUAUCAUGUUGAAUUGUCAGUGUGAAUUAUAUAUAGAUUAAAAUAAAAUAGCAUAAGACGUAAUAUUUCACUUUAUACUGAUGUUUAUGUCCUAAUAAGCUAUACAGAUGUAAUUGUAAACCCGUAAUGACUAAUUAAUUUCAACUUGCACACAAUGUUUUGAUGGCACAAAUGUUAUGUUAAACGCGUGUGUCGAAAUGGCUCAAAUUCUGUUGUCUUCCAAUGGGACGCACAGAAGCAAAGUCUAGCGCUCCCAUUUAACACUUGUGGGGCAGUGAAUUUCCUGGCAAUUCGAUGUAAAGUUGAAGGUCGAUACGCUUAAACGUAGCGUUAAUUUUUUUAUAAAUUACUAGUCAUUGGUGUCUAAUUGUAGAUUUGUAACCUGGCGGCACAUUGAAUUCGAACAUUUCAUUACUCUAAAUUCAUGUUAGUCGUAAGUUUGUCAUACCUGUUCCACGAUAAAGCAUAUCAAAGCGGUGCGCCCGCCUUUAUGUCCUACUGCACUCGAACUACAUCUGGUAGCAAGUCUGAACUAGUACCGCUUGUACCCAUGUCAUGAGCUUACCCUGUAAAUUUAUAAAAAUUAUGUAUCGUAAAAUGUUAGAAAACUGAAUUAUAUUUGUUUGUAGAUCUA